AGAUGGAAGAAACAGAAAUCUCUGAUUGCUGGCAUAUUAUUGAAGAUGCAGAUCUUAAGAAAGAAAGUGGUUGGCUGUGUUAUGAGCAGAAGACCUUUGCUAGGUGAAUCAAAUUUUCUUACUUUUGACAAUAUGCAUUAUUCUUGAUAAUGAAGUAGAUCUGACCAUUGCUGUCAUUGAUUGUUAUCUGGGGAAAGCAGACAAUUUUGCUUUUUUUCUAGAUAUAGAAGUAACUUCAAUGUCUAGUUUCAUUCAAACAGUUCAACUUUACAAUAUAAAAAAAGUCAAAAAAUUAUACAUUUCUCAAGGGUUAGUCUCAGAUUUUAUGUCAAGACACGGAGGCUCAUAUUGUUUAACCCUUUCUUUACUGCCCACCAAUAGCAGGAAAGAAUACAACAGUAAUAAAAAAUGGUAACCAUAGUGAUAGGCCACACCCAUACCAAGUCCCAGUAUAAUAGUCAGCACAUCCCCACACAAUUUUCUCAUACUAUGCUACUAUUCUCUUUUUGAUUUCUGGUUAUUUAUAUGAGUUAUUUAUUGUUAUUUGAACUUCUAUUACUCUUUUUGUUGAUAAUUCCUGUCUGCUUUCAUUUAUCUAGUUAUUAAGGAAUUUGUUCUGUUUUUUAUUACAUGCUUGUUUUAUACUAUAUAUUAUGUUGGUUACCUUUGAGCACUGGGUUCCAGACCUUCCCUAUGUUUUAUUCUGUGUGUUAUCCAUGCUCACUUGCUUCUUCUGAUUACUAACUUAUCUCAUUAUAUCUUUCCUCACUACCCUUUGGCUCCAUUUUCUCCUUCUCUCCAUUUAUUUGGUGCCAUUUUGCACCUGUUUUCCGUCCUGUUCGGCUGUUUUCGUGAAAGAAUUCUAACCAAUUCGGUAAAUUCUUCAUGAACACAUGCCGUUCGCUUGUUUUUUCGAACACUUAGCUUCAUUCGUCUGUUUUGCCGCGUUCGGCUAUUUUUCAUUCGAACGUUCAGUGCAUUCGCCUGUUUCCUAUUCAUUACUUUCAUCUAUUUAUCCCAUUGAAUUCACCUCUUUUUUGCUGAACGUUCGGCUCUUUAACUUGAUGAAUUGACUGUAUUUUGCGAGAUUGCCAGCGGCCAUUUCCUGACUUCCUGUCUCUCUGACAUUGUGCGUGUUCUCUUCCUAUCUGCCGGUCUGGACCCUAGUGAGCUCCCUAUCUAUACCCUCUUAGGUUAUACUAGUUUGGGGUGAUUAACUCCUGCUAGUCUCCUCUGCUCUGAUUUAGCUUUAUACCAUACUGGUUAUAUUGUUGUUAAAGUUUUGUUGGGGAAUAUCUAACAGCACUACCAUGCCCAGAUCUAAAGUGCCUGCCAGCCGCCUAGGGAGAUGGACAUGCCCGAGGUUUUAGAUAACCCAUCUUCUAAUUCUUCUCCUUCUUCUGUUGGGGACCUUAUGCCCCUGUCUGAUGAGACCCAGUCCCUGGCGCUACAGCGCUCAGUUUCUGACACCAUUAUGGCUGCUAUGGGCUCCAUGUCCUCUGUCCUCUCCCAGACCAUAUCACAGGCCUUACUUGCACGCCCUUUGGCCGCAGAAGGUUCGGCCACGCCGACACGCUUAGCGCUACCGGCUACUGACCCUAUAGGGGAGGCACCAAAAAAGGCUACUGCCAAAUCCAGGCACUCAAAUCUCCCUGCCUCCAGAACCAACACGACUGGUGUGACUAUAGCCACCCAUGACAGCGUGCCUAUGUCACGCAAGAGAGCCUUUCCGCACCAGGCAGAACGGGCGCGGCAGUGUAAAUGUGCUAGAGCACAAAAAGAGAGCGACUCCGACUCAGAAAUUGGUUCUAGUGAGGAUGCUGACGCUGAGUCUGUGGAUGACUCUGAUGACGAAUUUUGUGGGCAGAAGUCUGACCUUUUUGGCCCUGCUCAUUCUGCGGUGGUUUGCGAGUGGCCCCAGGAGCGACUUCCCCACUACUGCGGGCUCCACUGUCAUGGAUCCAUCAGAGGUUGGUAGAAUGGCUCCCAGUGGACCAUGUGGCACGGUACCUUGAAAACUGGGUACGAAGGCCCCCUCAGUAAGGUGGCACGUAAUAAACUUAGGGCGGAAUGCCCAAGACCAUUGGUACCUUGCAAAGUCUGUGAGACCCCUGUAGUGGACCCUAAGAUGACCCAAUUCCUCUCCAAAAUGGGUUGGAAUCCCCACAAGGGUCUAGAUUCAGCACUUAAAUCGUGCCAAGAUAAACAUCUUGAUAAAUUUGGCCCUUUGGCCAAAUUGUUUGAUCUGGCUGAAAUCGCCAGAGCCGAGAACCGGCAAGUUGACCUGGAGGAACUCCGUGGUUGGGUGCAGAGGGCUAUCUGCAUUGCAGGCGGUGUAAACGCCUCCCUGUCCAUUGAAAGGCGUAAAGCCAUUCUGUUCAAGAUUGAACCCAAACUGGCCAACCUCGCCCUCACAGAGGCAGGCAAGGAUGCCCAAGGUAUUUGGGGACUCCUUUAUUAAGGACCUGGGGCGCUUUGUGGGUGCAUUCACAGCCCUAGAUAAGGCCCAAUCCUCCAUGAAGAGGGUGUUUCAGGGGCGGGUCUCUACCAGGGCCGGCAGAUUCAGGUGUUGUCUGUCCGGCCGCUCCAAUUACCAUGCCCGUGGAUCAGGACAAGGCUCCUACACUCAGAGAACACCCUACCAGGAGACGAGACAGCAGUCUCCUUUCUUCCCCUCUCUUGGAAGACCAUGGCGUUCCAGAGGCUUCAGAGGGAACCCCGGUCUACCUCAUGUUUCUUCCAAUAUGUGUGUAGGGAGCAGACUCCGUCAUUUUUUCCUCACUUGGUCAACCAUCACCUCAGAUCUCUGGGUUCUGACCACAGUUCGGGGGUUUCACAUCGAACUGGUGGACAAUCCAUGUCACGUUCCCCCACCUCGCCCUAUUUUGCUUUCUACAACCGACCAUGCCUUGAUAGACACAGAACUAAUGGCCCUCCAUGCAAAAGGGAUGAUAGAGGUGGCCCCGGUGUCCUCCACAGAGGUGAUCAGCAAUAUUUUCCUAGUGGAAAAGAAAGGUGGACAAAUACGCCCUGUUAUCAACCUCCGUGCCCUAAACACCUCAAAAUGGAGGGCAUCCACCUCCUGCGACACUUACUCCUUUAGUGAGACUGGAUGGCAAAGUUAGACUUGAAGAAUGCCUACCUGACGGUCCCAGUGGCCGAGUCUUCCAGGGACCUGUUACGUUUCCUCUGGAAAGGAGACACCUGGCGCUUCGCGUGCCUCCCCUUUGGACUGUCGUCAGCCCCUUGGUGCUUCACGAAACUGAUGCACCCCGCCAUGGCUUGGCUGCGCAGUCGGGGAGUCCGGCUAAUCGUCUAUUUGGACGACAUCCUCAUCAUGGCACAGGAUCGUUCAGUCCUUCGUAAACAUCUUCAAUUGACCUCCUCUCCCGUCUGGGUUUUCUCCUCAACUGGGAAAAAUCCUGCCUGUCUCCUUCACAUCGCAUGGAGUUCCUAGGCUUCAUGGUAGAUUCCCAAGUGGAGUCACUGAGCCUCCCUGCCUCCAAGAUAUGGACAAUCCGCAAGGAGCUGCGCCACGCUUUAACGCGCACCCAGCUAUCUCUACGCCACCUGGCACGGAUCAUUGGCCUUCUGGCAGCAUCAAUCCAAGUGGUGUUCCCAACCCCACUCCAUUAACGUGCCCUCCACUGCCUGAAUAUCGCACACCUUCGCGGGGGGCGUCCUAUGCGGACAUGAUCUCCCUGGACUCAGAGACUCGAGACGAAUUGACCUGGUGGAUCCAGAACCUCUCGGCUUGGAAUGGCAAGGCCAUCUUCGGCUCCCAAGCAGAGUUCAUGGUGGACUCAGAUGCCAGUCUCCACGGCUGGGGUGCCCAUUGCAACGGGGUGACUACCGGGGGUCGCUGGGCGGCAGACGAAUCCCACCUCCACAUCAAUGCUCUGGAACUCCAAGCGGGUUCAUUCACGAUCCGGAGUUUUGCGAACGGGACUGCCAGCUCAUGCAUCCACCUGCGCAUGGACAACAUCUCAGCGGUCCACUAUGUCAACCACAUGGGUGGCACUCAAUCUGCACUCCUGGCCCGCUUGGCGAAGGACUUCUGGGCUUAUUGCUUGGACAGGAACCUGGUGGUCCAGGCAGAAUACCUUCCCGGGCUCCACAACACUCACGCGGACUGGAGUUCACGCUAUCUGUCGAUUGGAGAUUGGAUGUGGGAGUAUUCUCCGCUAUAUUGUCCAUAUGGGGUCCUUUUGCCAUCGACCUCUUCGCGUCCAGGCUCAAUACCCAACUACCCUGGUUCUACAGCUGGCACCCGGAUCCAACCGUGGAGGCAGUGGACGCCUUCCUACAAGACUGGACUGGCUCACUCCUCUACGCCUUUCCCCUGUUUGCAAUGAUACCUCGGGUCCUGCUCCAAGUUCACCGCCAAAUGGCCGACCUGAUCCUACUAACCCCAUUCUGGGGGACCCAAUCCUGGUUCCCACAACUCCUGGAACUGGCGGUAGACGUGCCCAGGCUGCUGCCGUCUCUACCGAACCUCCUCCUGGACCCAUCGGGCCUCCAGCAUCCCCUCCUGGUGGACGGGUCAUUACUACUGCUCGCGUGGAGGAAUUUCGUGAGUCCCUGGGAAAUCCAAGGGGUUUCGGACGCAACUCGACGCCUCCUGGCUGACGCAUGGGCUCCCGGGACUAGACGAGCAUAUGGGAGCUUGGAGAGCUGGUGCCUGGCUCGGAACUUGGAUCCCGUUUCAGCACCUGUGACUGCGAUCCUCCUAUUCCUGACUUCGUUGUUUGAAGCUAGUCGGGCAUAUCGCACGAUUAAUUCAUACAGAUCGGCCAUCUCCUUGGUUCACCAAGGAUUUGACGGCUGCCCAGCAGGCCAACAUCCGUUAGUGUGCCGCUUACUUAGGGGCUCACGCCUGUCGCGCCCCCUAGACCUCGUUACUCAUCUACAUGGGAUGUCUCCUGGGUUUUGUCGCUGUUCUCCUCCUGGCCGCCUAAUGCAGAGCUCUCCCUGAGACAGCUGUUGGCCAAGCUGGUCUCCCUGUUCUGUCUCAUUUCAUGCAAACGGGUAUCGGAUGUUCGUGCCCUGGACUAUGAUGCUAGGUCUUUCACUCUGGACUGGGUGACGUUUAACAUUUCCAGAUGCAGCAAGACCGCUAUUCGAUCGGUUUCUUAUCCAAGCUUCCCUGGUACUCCAGCCCUAUGCCCGGUGGCCUACCUGCGGGAAUAUGAACUUCGAACGAGCGCACAUCAAGCUACGUCAUCUCCCCAGCAGUUUCCCUCGCUUCGUCGCCCCUUCUCCCCUGUGUCCAGUACUACAUUGGCUCGCUGGGUGAAAUGGGUGAUGUCUCUGGCCAGCGUGGAUACGUCCAUCUUUGGUGCCCACUCAGCCCGAGGGGCAUCGGCCACGUCCAUGGUGAAUUCAGGUGCACGUCUGGAAGACCUGAUGAGAAUGGCCGACUGGCUCCCGCGAAUCCACUUUUCGUGAGUUUUACUUUUGACCUUUGCCUCACGUUUUUUCUCCAGUUAUUGAUCAGCUUUAAACUUGCAAUAUGAGCCUCCGUGUCUUGACAUAAAAUUACAUGAUUUUGCUAUUUCAUGAUGAAAAGUCAUGAUUUUAUGAAAAACACGGAGGCGAGUCAUAGUUAUUUUACUGAUUUACCCCACCCGGUUGUUUAUCCUCUCCAGGGUUGGUAGGUAUUCAUUAUGCGCUCUGGGUUUUGUAUGGUUUCAACCGUUUAUUAGCCUGUUCAUGUUACGUGAUUAUUCAAAAUGCCUAUGAUGAAUUAUGCACACUGUGUUGCUUCUGUCUAGUUAUAAAAUUAUGUCUUGGCAUGCACACUUUGGUUUAGGUACUGAUCUAACCAUUCGGCUCCUGUCUUUUGUGUUUGUGGAUUUUGGAUUGCCUGUUCUAUUUGGCUUGGACUGUUUCAUCGUUCCUGUUUUGUUGUUAUUGUCUCGCAUCUCCAAAGAAAGAGGAAAUGUGUGGGGAUGUCCUGACUAUUAUACUGGGACUUGGUAUGGGUGUGGCCUAUCACUAUGGUUACCAUUUUUUCUUACUGUUGUAUUCUUUGCUGCAAUUGGUGGACAGUAAAGAAAGGGUUAAGCAAUGCUCGCCUCCGUGUCUCUCAUAAAAUCAUGACUUUUUGUCAUGAAAUAGCAAAAUCAUGUAAUUAUCUGAGACAUAUGCCCUUGGUAUUUACAUAGUGUCCCUUACCUUUUCUUCCCUGAGUAAAUAUGUUAUUACAUAUUGAAUAUACGUUUAAAACUAAUAAAACUAUUGGGUUUAUUAAGCAGGUAUUAAUUGUUGUUUACUUUUACAUGGCAUAGUUUCUCGUAAAGAAUAUUGCACACACCAAUUAUCCUGGGGUUACUUCCAGCAGGGUGCUCCAAACAGGGUGGACUAAUGUCCCUUAAAAGAUAUAAUUGUGAAAAAGUCGUCUGGGCACCUCUGGAGAUUUUUUGAUAGGCAGUCUUUAUUUGGAGUGCAGAUUAAAAUACAACUUUUCAGCUCCCAUGACUUGACAAACACUGCCAAUCAAAGAAACCUCCAGCUGUGCCCAGACCACUUUUUCACAGUAUAGUUUCUUGUGAUACAUUACAUUUGCACAGUUUGAACUCAAUUUAAUACUCUUUCCAAAUGAUUCAAUGCUGUUAGAAGAAUUUUACAGAUUAUUUAUCUACAGACGUCAUCAUUAAAGUCCACAGGUAUUUUCUAAAUAAAUCAUUUGGAAUUGUUCUCUAACAGUAUUAAAUCAUUUGCACUGCUUUUUAAAUCAAACCCUUUAUUGGCAAAUAUAUUUAAUGUAUGAUAAACAUAAAGGGGCCGUAGUACUUUGCCCAUUGCCUUACAGUCUAGUAAAUACAGUACUUUUAUACAAAGUUAUUAGCAAGAUAACUUGUGAGCUUACAAUCUAUAGAAAACAAUGGGGAGCUGACAUAAAAAGCUGCAGGGGUUGAUUAUUAUUAUUAUUAUUGAUUACUGUUUCUUAUUGAUAUAUUCAAACACAGUGUAACUUGUAAGAUAAUUAAAUAGCUAAGAUUAGAGACAGCUGAAUUACCAUAUUAUAAAGGAAGGUGGGCCAAGAAUGGGUGGUAGGAGGGUGGAUAGUGAUAGUAAAACAAAAUUGGACAUGGUUGCAGGGGGAAGCCCAAGUACAGGCAUAAUCUGUAGUUGGAAGAAAUUAAAAUAAUUCAGAGAUGCAAUGUAUAUGCUUUUCUGUAGAGAGUCAGGGAGGAAAGAAGGUGGUGGUGGAGAAGAGUGUAUAUCAACUGGUGAUAUAAUUAGUUUGCCAAAAUGGUUAACUCUAUCUCCCUAAAUAUAAAUUAUACACAUUUAAACAACUGUAAUAAAUAGGUACAAGAGAAAUAGUAAAAGCUGUAAAAUACUGUAAGAUAAUUAGCUAAAAAUGCACAAAACCAAAUGGAUUUCCAGUCUUGAUUGAAGUGUACCUUAAAUUACUGCUUAAUAUAUUGCAAAAUUUGGACGUGGUUGCAGAGAGAAGAGCGGGUGCAGGGGUAUUCUGUAGAUGGAAGGGAAUUAAAAAAAAAAUAAGGGUUAUGGCAAAAGGCUCUUUUUCCCUAUUUGAGAUUGACAUUUUAAAUCAACUUGGAAAGAUUAACAUAUUUAUUUAUUUUUGUCCAGCUUCACAUGCUCAGGCUGUAAUCAUCAUUGGAGCUCAGGAGUUGUUUGCAUUAUGUUCCUCAUGCUGAAAAACAAAAAACAGAGAUCUGGCACAGUAAAGAUGAGGAUCUUCAGACAGCAGUGUAGAAGAUGCAGCUUUUCUUUGAUGGAAAAACCAAUAAUAACUUCUGAAAACAUAAGAAGAACUAUUAGUAAUCUGGUCAUGAAGAUUGAGAGAGCAUUCUAUCAGAAGAAUAAUGUGUGUGUAGAGUUUAAACCUGUAUCCACUGGUAAAUCAGAUGGACCUCAUGACAAGAUGCGCUGUGAGGGAUGUAAACUGGGUUUCUGUGAAGUGCAAAAAUGUCCUACGGGUCAUGAGAGAAAAACUGUGGAAUGUCAUACAACAGUAGGAAUGUCAUACAACACAGGAGAACACGAAUAUUUAAAAACCCCAAAAAGCACAAUUCAAAGACAUCAAAUGAGUGAAAGAACGUGGGACUACGAAGAAGAACAAGAAUGUAUAAGAAAUAAUGAAGGCAAACAUAGAGCUUCCAAGCGCAAAACUGUGAAAAAACAGCAUACAAUAGGAAUGCCACACAACACAGGAGAGCAAGAAUAUUUCAACACCCCAAAAAGUCAGAUUCAAAUACAUCAAAUAAGUGCAAAUACUUUGUGGAAUCACAAAGAAGAACAAGAAAGGUUAAGAAGUCAUGAAACAAUAAAUUUGAAACAUAACACUAAUAAAGGCAAACAUGCAAAUUCCAAGCGCAAAACUGUAAGAAAAAAAACUACAGUAGGAAUGUCACACAACACAGGAGAGCAAGAAUAUUUCAACACCCCAAAAAGCCAGAUUCAAAUACAACAAAUCAGUGCAAGUACUUUGUGGGACUACGAAGAAGAACAAGAAUGGUUAAGAACUCAUGAAACAAUAAAUUUGAGACAUAACCGUGAUAAAGGCAAAAAUACCUUCAGUAAAUUUCCACUUUCUGCUAUCAUUUUUGGAAUUGGAAUAGCUAUAUUCCUCUCACGGAAAUAUUUUCAUUGAUGAAAGUUUGACAGUACAUGGUUAGAAACAUAGAAACAUAGAAUGUGACGGCAGAUAAGAACCAUUCGGCCCAUCUAGUCUGCCCAAUUUUCUAAAUACUUUCAUUAGUCCCUAGUCUUAUCUUAUAGUUAGGAUAGCCUUAUGCCUAUCCCACGUAUGCUUAAACUCCUUUACUGUGUUAACCUCUACCACUUCAGCUGGAAGGCUAUUCCAUGCAUCCACUACCCUCUCAGUAAAGUAAUACUUCCUGAUAUUAUUUUUAAACCUUUGUCCCUCUAAUUGGUUGUUCCCAAUAUGACCAUACUUGUGAAAAAAAUGAUUAAAUUAAGGGAGGGAGAGUGCAACUGCGCACCCCAGGAAGCGGGGGGAUUGACACUCUACUCUCUAAGCCUAACUCCUCACAACAAAGCUAUUGUAUAUAGUUAACACCGCUUGCCACUUAUACCAAAAAUUUAGACGAAGACACCCACAGAAAACUUAAUGUAUAUAAUAUGCCUAAACUGACAACUGUCAAAUGCAUGCACUGCGCUAAUGUAUGACACUGCGCUGUCUUUUUCGAAAAUGUACAUGCUUUCAUGUUUAUCAUCUACUUCGUCAAACCAAAAAUAAAGAAUUAAAAAAAAAAAAAAAAUGAUUAAAUUAUUUUGGAUUAGAACAUGAGUGCAUACAAAUAAAAAUAAAAACCUUAAAUUAACCCCGCAAGGACCGGACUGUUUUUGCGAUGUUGUACAUUUGUGACCAGGCAUCUUUUUACACUUUUGUGGUGUUUGUGUUUAGCUGUAAUUUUCCGCUCUCUCAUUUACUGUUCCCAUACAAAUUAUAUAUAUUUUUUUAGGAUAAAAAAGGCUUUCUUUACAUACCAUUAUUUAUAUAAUCU